AUCGCCCUUAAAGAACUGCGUCACCUAACCAUUCGCUCGUCGGCCGACAACUAAAGCUUGCAUUUCCAUAUUCACGCCAUCUUUGAUCGCCUUCUCCAAGAAGCUUUGAUUCCUCGGCCAUUUCUUCGCUUCUUUUCCUCUUCUUUCCUGCGCAAACCCGUCCGUUCGUCGUCUUUCUCGACCUCGGUUUCAUUGGAACCGCCUCGGUUCUGGAGGACUCUAGGACAUCAGAAUGGCUUCAACUGCAUGUCAUCAUGCCCUCGGAUUGAUCCAAGCCCAGGGGAACAGUCCUAGAACUGGCUUGCAAGAUAAAGUUGGAAGCUUUUCUCUGGAAUUGGUAUCUAAGGGCUUUGACAUGGACAUACAACUUCUUUCAAGAGGAAGCCACUACCCGGGGAGCAGGAAAUUGUGUUUGGUUCGCGCAUCGAGCUCACAUUCUUCAGUUGCUGAUCCAAUUACUAUAUCAUCCAACAGCAAUUCUAGUGAUUCUCAGAAAAGAUCAAGAUGUGCUUAUGUUCCAUUGACUCAAAAGGGUGUUGAGGAGGCAAUCGAAGCUGGUAAAAGAAUAAGCAAUAUACCAAUUGACAUGAUCUAUGCAUCGUCACUGAUUCGUGCCCAAAUGACUGCAAUGCUUGCAAUGACCCAACAUCGCCGCAAAAAGAUUGUACCUCAACUCUUGUCUGGGAAAAAUGUGAUGAUUGCUGCCCAUGGAAACUCACUGAGAUACAUCAUUAUGUACCUGGACAAAUUGACUUCUGAAGAGGUCAUCAGCCUUGAACUCUCAGCUGGCAUUCCUAUGCUUCUUUAUAUAUUAAAAAAGGGAAAGUUUAUUGGAAGAGGAAGCCCAAUUGGUCCUUCUGAGGCUGGAGUUUAUGCUUAUACCAGAAGUUUGGCUCUUUACAGACAGAAGCUAGAUGAAAUGGUCCAGUAAUACCGGCUUCUGCUACCAAUACUUGAAGAGCUUUUCCUGGUUGGAGAUGGCAUAAACUUCAACCUUCACUCCUUUAUGAUCUCUUAGCUCCUACAACAUAGAAGAUGAUGCAAAUUGUGCUACUUGUUCAAUUUUGAUGUGUGUAUUCUUGAAUUGGGGUGUUCUUAUGUUACUACUGCCCAUAUAAGAGCUGCGUGUAAGAUGAUGAAUUCAGAAUGUUUUCUCCUCAUAUUCCUCAUCUGUUGACCUAUGCAUUUCGAUCAUUGUCAAUGAAAUACAGUUAGUUU